AUGAGCCUGGAUGAGGAUGCACGGUGGCUGGAGUGGGUCACCAAGCAGUUUGAGAGCAUCGCGGGUGAUGACAAAGAAAUUGACCUGGAAGAGUUCAAAACGGCCCUCAAGGUCAAGGAGGUGAGUUAGGGGUCAAGUGUCAACUCAUUUGUAGGUCAUUGUCCUAAUACUUUUUUGGGGAGGUUGUAUGUAUUUUGUUGGUAGUUCUUUUGUGACAAGUAAGGUCAAAUAGGGCUGGGGUAGGAUGGUAGGGGGUACAGUGCAAUAACAUAAAAUACAUGAAAUUUCACAUACAGACCCCCCAAAAAUGUAUUCUCAAUGUCUGACUUUCACUCACUCUAAAUGACUGUCCUUUAUGGAUUGUGUACGGUAUGUGAGUUUUACUUACUUUGUCCAUAGAAGUCAGUGCUGUGUGAUUCUGUGUGUGUUUGUGCAGUCUUUCUUUGCGGAGCGGUUCUUUGCGCUGUUUGACUCUGACGGCAGCAAAACCAUCAGUCUGGAUGAGCUGCUGAAGGCUCUGGACCUGCUGAUCCACGGCAGCGAGACAGACAAGCUCCGCUUCCUCUUCCAGGUCUAUGACGUCGAUGGUAUGUGUUUAACCUAGUGCCAGAUCUGUUUGUGCUGUCUUGACAAUUACCAAUGACCAGGAGUUGGCAAGACAACACACAUAGAUCUGUGACCAGGCUUGUAAGUGUUACUUGUGAAGACAAAAUGUGUGCAUUAUCCACUAUUAAAACACACAGUGAAAUAAAUCAUCCACACCUUUUUUUGGUAUACUAUAUAAACCGAUGUAUGAGAAUGGUCAGUGAAACCUUCAUGCAUUGUCUCACCUUUAGGACAUGCAGUUUAUUUCGUCCAACUUAGCUGCCUAUAUUUUUAUCGAAAUGUAUUGAUAAAUCUUUCAUCACCUUGCAACAGACUCUUUAUUAUUGAUGAUGAUUUCUCUUGGCCUGCAGGCAGUGGCUCGAUUGACCCAGACGAGCUGCGCACGGUGCUCAAGUCGUGCCUGCGCGAGAGCGCCAUCUCCCUGCCAGAGGAGAAGCUGGACGACCUGACCCUGGCUCUGUUCGAGUCGGCCGACAAGGACAACAGCGGGUCCAUCACUUUCGAGGAGCUCAAGGCCGAGCUGGAGAACUUCCCUGAGGUCAUGGAGAACCUCACCAUCAGGUCUCAAGGCACAGCUUUUUUUUUCAGCUAACAUGUUUUCACAUGGGGCCAGUUUCCCAGACACAGAUGAAGCCCAGCCCUGGACUAAAAUGUUUAGGGCUAGGCUUAAUUUUUGUCAGGGAAACAGGCCCAGAAUGUAUCAAACAUGCAAAAUAUAAGGAAGGCUCACAUGUCCAUACACACAUAAGAUUUUCCCUGUGACAUUUUAUGUAGUCCAGUGUCUGUCCUCCAACUCUGUAUCUCAGCACAUAGCCAAUAUGUCCCCAGAUAAUUAGCUUUACUGCAGAGGAAGUGGUCUCUGCCAGCACAUUUUGUCCCCUCUCUCACCGCCAUGACUCCUCUCACUCCCACUGAGCUCUGGGCCCAAAUUCAAAAAGCGUCUCAGAAUGCUAAUCUAGGAUGAGAUUGCUCAUGUCCAUAUAAUCAUACUCAUUAUGAUCUUAGAGGCUAAAACUGAUCCUAGAUCAGCACUCCUAUUCUGAAACUCUGUAAAUUAUGGCCCUGCUCUCCGUUUCCUCCACCCCCUAGUGCUGCCAACUGGCUGAAGCCUCCAGGCCUGGAGCAGAAGAAGGGGCGGCAUACGCCGCGCUACCUGACGCCGGCGUACUGGCACAACAACAGCCGAAAGCUCCUCUUCCUGUGCGCCUACACUUGCCUCAACCUGCUGCUGUUCAUCACCGCCAUGCUGAAGAACGCAGAGGGGGGAUUCUGGUACAUGGUGGCCAAGGGCUGUGGCCAGUGCCUCAACUUUAACUGUACCUUUGUCAUGGUGAGGGAGUUAGUGGGGAAGGAAGUGGGGGAGGGAGGGAGGGGGUGAAUGUGGUUUGGUGGAUAGAGAUGAAGAGAUAUUCAGCAACUCUCGGUAAGGACAAUGGAUGUUUGCUUCAUAAAUCAAUAUUUUAAACCAUGAGGGUAUUGAUGUUUAGAGGUAGACAUGGACAUGCAGCUGUGACAUUUCCCUUAGUAACACUAGACUUUCUUCAUUGAUUGUGUCUGUCUGUGUAUCCGUGUGUGUGUGUGUGUGUGUGUGUGCAUGAGUAUGUGUGUAUGUGCAUAUCUGUGUCCAUAUGUGUGUGUUUACAUGUGAAUGUGUGUAGGUGCUGAUGCUGCGGCGCUGUUUGACCUGGCUGCGGGCCACUUGGGUUGUGAGGGUGCUGCCUCUGGACCAGAACAUCCUGCUGCAUCAGAUGGUGGGCUACGCCAUUGUCACCUUCUCCACCAUGCACACCACCGCCCACUUCAUGAACUUUGGUACGCAGGCACCCACACGCUCUAAACCACAAACACUCACAUGUUAUAAACCUUCUAUCUCCCAGAUGCAAUUAACCAGUCCAAAAAUGAUUUUUAAGCCUUGAAACAAUUGUUUCAUGAGCUGAAAGAAAAGAUCCCAGAAAUGUUCCAUAGGAAACAAAAAGCUUAUUUCUCUAAAAUGUUGUGCACAUAUUUGCUAACAUCCCUCUUAGUGAGCUGAUAAAACUGUGGUUUUGCACAACUGAAUAAUUUCUGCACAAACUGUCAGAAACCGUCGCAGGGUGUUCGUCGUCCUCACCAGGGUCUUGACCUGACUGCAGUUCGGCGUCGUAACAGACUUCAGUUGGCAAAUGCUCACCUUCGAUGGCCACUUGCACGCUGGAGAAGUGUACUCUUCACGGAUUAAUCCCGGUUUCAACUGUACCGGGCAGAUGGUAGACGUGUGGGCGAGCGGUUUGCUGAUGUCAACGUUGUGAACAGAGUGCCCCAUGGUGGCGGUGGGAUUAUGGUAUGGUCAGGCAUAAACUACAGACAACAAACACAAUUGCAUUUUAUCGAUGGCAAUUUGAAUGCACAGAAAUACCGUGGCGAGAUCCUGAGGCCCAUUGUCGUGCCAUUCAUUCGCCUCUAUCACCUCAUGUUUCAGCAUGAUAAUGCACGGCCCCAUGUCGCAAGGAUCUGUACACAAUUCCUGGAAGCUGAAAAUGUCCUAGUUCUUCCAUAGCCUGCAUACUCACCAGACAUGUCACCCAUUGAGCAUGUUUGGGAUACUCUGGAUCAACAUGUACGACGGCGUGUUCCAGUUUCCGCCAAUAUCCAUCAACUUCGCACAGCCAUUGAAGAGGAGUGGGACAACAUUCCACAGGCCACAAUCAACAGCCUGAUCAAACCUGUGCGAAGCAUGAGGAAAAUGGUGGUCACACCAGAUACUGACUGGUUUUCUGAUCCAUGCUACUACUUUUUUUUUUAAGGUAUCUUUGACCAACAGAUGCAUAUCUGCAUUCCCUGUCGUGAAAUCCAUAGAUUACGGCCUAAUACAUUUAUUUCAAUUGACUGAUUUCCUUAAAUGAACUGUAACUCAGUAAAAUCUUUGAAGUUGUUGCAUGUUGCAUUUAUAUUUUGGUUCAGUGUAGUAUAUAUUUUGGCUAUAAUUAGAAUGCCAAAUUUUGCCCCAUAGUUGCGCACGCGUCGGUUUUGUUGCUUAACAACCAACCCAUUUAUUGGUUUCAAUUGAAUGUUUUGGUAUUUGCAUCCCUGAAUGUUGUCUGUAAACUGGAGGAAAUGCUGGUACAUCAGAGGAGGCUGGUGGGAAGAGCUAUAGGAGGACGGGCUCAUUGUAAUGGCUGGAAUGGAAUAAAUGGAACAGCCAUAUGUUUGAUACUGUUGCAUUUAUUCCAUUCCAGCCAUUACAAUGAGCCCAUCCAUCUAUAGCUCCUUCCACCAGCUUCCUCUGUGGUACACAUAAUGGCAUGUUUAUGUUCAGACUGACCCAGCCCUUGGUCUAAGGUGGUGCUGUAUUGUGACAGCUUUCAACUGAUCAAUCACAUUUAUUUCUAAACCAUUUUUUUUUUACAUUAGCAGUUGUCACAAAGUGUUUUUACAGUAACCUGGUCUGAUGCUAUGUUUCCUCCUUCAGUCCACCUAACUCAGAACAGCAGCUACAGCCUGUGGGAGUACCUUUUCACUACUCGGCCAGGGAUUGGCUGGGUGUGGGGCUCUGCAUCCGUCACCGGCAUGGUGCUACAGAUCAUGAUCUGUCUAAUGGUGGUCUGCUCCAGCACCUUCGUCCGGCGCAGCGGCCAUUUUGAGGUACAGUUGACAAUCUAGCUAGUCAUUUAGCAGGCGCUCAUUUACAAAGUUUCAAGUUUUAUUCGUCUUAUGUAUGGGAUACACAUGGUAUACACCAGGGUUCCCCAACUGGCGGCCCAUUUUAUUUGGACUAAAAACACCAGGAAAUCAGCUCCAAGUUAUAAACAUUUUGGGAAUCUGUUCCCAAGUAUUCCCACGCAUACGAGAGACACGUGAUCAUAUACAUACAGUGCAUUCGGAAAGUAUUCAGACCACUUGACUUUUUCCACAUUUUGUUACGUUAUAGCCUUAUUCUAAAAUGGAUGAAAUAGUUUUUUUCCUCAUCAAUCUACACACAAUACCCCAUAAUGACAAAGCAAAAACAGUUUAAAUUUUUUUUGCAAAUAUAUAAAAAACGGAAAUAUCACAUUUACAUAAGUAUUCAGACCAUUUACUCAGUACUUUGUUAAAGCACCUUUGGCAGCGAUUACAGCCUUGAGUCUUCUUGGGUAUGACGCUACAAGCUUGGCACAUCUGUAUUUGGGGUGUUUCUCCCAUUCUCCUCUGCAGAUCCUCUCAAGCUUUGUCAGGUUGGAUGGGGAGCGUCGCUGCACAGCUAUUUUCAGGUCUCUCCAGAGAUGUUUGAUCGUGUUCAAGUCUGGGCUCUGGCUGGGCCACUCAAGGACAUUCAGAGACUUGUCCCAAAGCCACUCCUGCAUUGUCUUGGCUGUGUGCUUAGGGUUAUUGUCCUGUUGGAAGGUGAACCUUCACCCCAGUCUAAGGUUCUGAGCUCUCUGGAGCAGGUUUUCAUCAAGGAUCUCUCUGUACAUUGCUCCGUUCAUCUUUCCCUCAAUCCUGACUAGUCUCCCAGUCCCUGCCGCUGAAAAACAUCCCCGCAGCAUGAUUCUUCCACCACCAUGUUUCACCGUAGGGAUGGUGCCAGGUUUCUCAUGGUCUGAGAGUCUUUAGGUGCCUUUUGGCAAACUCCAAGCGGGCUAUCAUGUGCCUUUUACUGAGGAGUUGCUUCCGUCUGGCCACUCUACCAUAAAGGCCUGAUUGGUGGAGUGCUGCAGAGAUGGUUGUCCUUCUGGAAGUUUCUUCCAUCUCCACAGAGGAACUCUGGAGCUCUGUCAGAGUCACCAUCGGGUUCUUGGUCACCUCCCUGACCAAGGCCCUUCUCCCCAGAUUGCUCAGUUUGGCCAGGCGGCCAGCUCUAGGAAGAGUCUUGGUGGUUCCAAACUUCUUCCAUUAAAGAAUGAUGGAGGCCACUGUGUUCAUUGGGACCUUCAAUGCUGCAAAAAAAAUGUGGUACCCUUCCCCAAAUCUGUGCCUCGACACAAUCCUGUCUCGGAGCUCUACGGACAAUUCCUUCAACCUCAUGGCUUGGUUUUUGCUUUGACAUGCACUGUCGACUGUGGGACCUUAUAUAGACAGGUGUGUGCCUUUCCAAAUCAUGUCCAAUCAAAUGAAUUUACCACAGGUGGACUCCAUUCAAGUUGUAGAAACAUCUCAAGGAUGAUCAAUGGAAACAGGAUGCACCUGAGCUAAAUUUCGAGUCUCAUAGCAAAGGGUCUGAAUAGUUAUGUAAAUAAGGUAUUUCUGUUUUUUAUUUGUAAUAAAUUAGCAAACAUUUCUAAAAACCGUUUUUGCUUUGUCAUUAUUUGGGUGUAGCUCUCUCUAUCGCUACACCCAAAUACUCCAAUGUAUUUUUAUUUUGUUGUGUUGUUUCCCCAGGUGUUCUACUGGUCCCACCUGUCCUAUGUGUGGGUGUGGGUUCUGCUGGUGGUGCACUGUGCCAACUUCUGGAAGUGGUUUGUGGUACCUGGUGUGAUCUUCCUGCUGGAGAAACUAGUGGGCGUCGCUGUGUCUCACAUGGGAGGCCUCUACAUCGUGGAGGUCAACCUGCUGCCAUCUAAGGUGCCCAUCUGGAUGUUAUACCAAUAGUGGUCACUUUUCUUAAAGAGGACACUUAUUCACUUUUGCGUUUUUCAAUAUCUAGCUAUUGUGUUAUGCCACCUGCUCAACACGUAAUUAAGUUUGACUAGACCUCUGCUAUAGGAAUAUUAGAUUAUAAUAUGAUACAUCUUAUCCCAACCUACCAACCCUACUAUAGGUGAGAAAAAUCAACUAGCAUUGUGCAGUUUGGACAGAGUUUAGCUGGCUCUGUUAGCCUAGUAGUUAAUGUCUUCAUUUUUGUUCAAAGCACAGUUUUGUUUACCCCUAGAGAGUGUUGAAAAAUGUCUGUUACUUGCAGGUGACCCAUCUGGUAAUCAAGCGGCCCCAGUUUUUCCACUUCAAACCAGGGGAUUAUAUUUACAUCAACAUUCCAGACAUCGCUAAGUAUGAGUGGCAUCCUUUCACCAUCAGCAGUGCCCCAGAGCAGCCAGGUUUUUAUGUUUUAUUUCACCUUUUAGCAGGGAGUCCCAUUUGAGACCAAUACAGCAUAAUACAAAUAUACAAGAUUACAAAACGUACUUAAGAGAAACAAUCACAAUCAUCACAGCAAAGAGGUACCUAAUCAACCAUUUGAAUUGCCCGAGAGGCACCAGUACAUCUAGUUGGAGGGAACUCUGUAGAUUGUUCCAUACAGGACAUGGGGUGCAAAGACACCAAAAGCAGAUUUACCUAACUGUGGGGAUCUCCAGAGUUAAACAUCCCUGAAACCGAGUAUGGUAACUCAUACGUCUAAAUGUUGUUAAUGAUUUUAUGUAUGGUGGAAGUUUUUGUAAGAGAGCUUUAUAAAUAAAAAGAGAGCAUUGAAUCAAUCUACGUGACUUCAAAGAGGGCCAGCCUACUUUCUGGUAAAGAAUGCAGUGAUGUGUACUGAACCUGUCACCUGUAAUAAAGCGCAGUGUGCUAUGAUAAACUGCGUCCAAUAGCUUCAAUAUAGUGGCAGAUGCAUUCAUAAAGACAUAGGUACACUCAAAUUGUCUAAAAAAUGUGUUACAUCCAGUUCCCAACUCUCUCUAAACUAGAAUAUAAUAAAGAAUACAACUUUAUUGUCUAGAACGGAAAUGUGUCUUCUGCCGUUCCCAACACACACACACACACACGUUGAACGCCACAGCAUCAGCGGAUGGAGAGCAAUUGUGGGGGGGUUAAGUGCCUUGCUCAAGCACAAUGACAAAUGGUACAUGGGAUCAGAGACCAGUAGCUUUCCAUCUGCCAGUUCUGUUCCAUUCCCAUUUUUGUGUUGCCCAGCCCAGGGCUUGAACCAGCAAACUUCCAUCUGCUGGUCUGCCUCUCUAACCUCUAGGCUACUGCUGCCCCCAAAUUAAACUAAACUUAGAAACACAUAACCACGGUCCAGUUGCAGCUUUGCACCACCAUGAUAAUUUCCAUAGAACUCAAUGGAGUGUGUUCCUCUUCUGGGAAAGUACUCUGUGGUUGCACAUCCCUUUCUGAAUAUAUACUCUAUGCUUGCACAUCCCUUUCUGAAAAGAUACUCUUUGGUUGCAUAUCCGCUCCAUGGGCCAGUGGACCAAUCGUCUGUAUGAGUACUUCAGGCAGCCGGACAGCCAGGUGGUCAGCACAAAGAGACUGAGCGCCAGCCUGAGGGACAGACGGCACCAGAGGAGGGCCCAGGUUCUCUACCUUCUCUUUCGCCCACUACUUAAUUCUAUCUGUUAGCAAUACAAAACAAUUCUACUUACACAAAGUCAAUACAAUACAAUUAAGUAGGACCCUGGAAUAUGGGAGUGGGCUAAAUCAUUAGAUUUUCUUGCAGGAGGAGCUGUUUAAAUGUGCGAACUGCAACGGGACGGUGGCCUCCAAUGAGGACGAUGCCAUCGAGCUGACACUGUAUCGACAAAACGGGUGUAGACCAGGGCCAGGACCAUGCCCAGGACCAGGGCCACAGGGGCCCAACCCAGACCAGCAGAACCAAGCAGAGAGAGGGGAAGGCCCCCCGCUCAGAGAGGUAUGAUCUGGGCCCCUGAUAAGAAGACAAUAUGAAUAGAAUAAAGAUAUUUAUCAUACAAAAGAGCCUAAACUCCGAGUGAUGUUUCAAAUGUUUACUCAGCGAAGAUGUACAGCUGAAUACAUACAUUCAAUACAGUGCAGUGUCCACUUAUACCCUUAGCUCUCACCCCCUCCCUUCCACCAAGAUGUACAAUACUUUUCCAUCACCCAGGAUUUCUCCAUGCUCCUAUGUCCAUAUCACAGGACUUCUUAUCAGUCAGGAGAAGCCUUGAGUUAUUGGGAGUACACAUUCCUACAGUCCACUGCAAUCCACCAAAUAAUUACUGUCAAGGUGGAGUGUAGUGGAACGUGGAAUCACACGCAGGACACAGAGAUUCAAAGCCAAAUGUCUUUAGUGAAGUCCGUAGUACACGCCAAACACGGCAACAGGCCACAGGCGAAAACAAACGCACACUAGACUGUCCAAAGUAAGUAUGCACAACGUGCAGGACUCUCUUACAAAACACGAAAAUAAGAGAGCACAAUACAGAGGACCAAACAACAACACGUGACAGUAGAACAAUUACACACAACACCUGACCAAACACAAGAGAACUAAAUAGGGUGCCUAAUGAACACUAAACAAUAAACAGGUGUGACAAACAGACAAAACCAAUCAAACAUGAAACAUCGAACGGUGGCAGCUAGUACUCCGGAGACGACGACCGCCGAAGCCUGCCCGAACAAGGAGAAGGAGCCGCCUCGGCCGAAACCGUGACAGUACCCCCCCCUUGACGCGCGGCUCCAGCCGUGCGCCGCCCCUGGCCUCGGGGACGACCAGGAGGACGCGGAGCAGGGCGCGCAGGAUGACCACGAUGGAAUUCGGUCAGAAGAGACGGGUCCAGGAUGUCCCUCCUCGGCACCCAGCACCGCUCCUCCGGGCCGUACCCCUCCCACUCCACGAGAUAUUGGAGACCCCCCAUCCGGCGUCUCGAAUCUAGGAUGGCCCGAACAGUGUACGCCGGAGCCCCCUCGAUGUCCAACGGGGGCGGAGGAGUCUCUUCUAUCUCAAAGUCCUGGAGUGGACCAGCUACCACCGGCCUGAGGAGAGACACAUGGAACGAGGGGUUAAUAUUUUUGUAAUCAAUGGGCAGUUGUAACCUGUAACACACCUCGUUCAAUCUCCUCAGGACUUUAAAAGGCCCCACAAACCGCCGACCCAGCUUCCGGCAGGGCAGGCGGAGGGGCAGGUUUCUGGUUGAGAGCCAGACUCGAUCUCCAGGUGCGUACACUGGCCCCUCACUGCGGUGGAGGUCGGCGCUCGUCUUCUGUCGACGGAUGGCUCGCUGCAGAUGGACGUGUGCAGCGUUCCACGUCUCCUCCGAGCGCCGCACCCACUCAUCCACCGCAGGGGCCUCGAUCUGGCUCUCAUGCCAAGGUGCCAGAACCGGCUGGUACCCUAACACACACUGGAAAGGGGUUGGUUUAGUGGAGGAGUGGCGGAGAGAGUUCUGUGCCAUCUCGGCCCAGGGCACAUAUCUCGCCCACUCCUCCGGCCGGCCCUGACAAUAUGACCUCAGAAACCUACCCACAUCCUGGUUGACACGUUCGACCUGCCCAUUACUCUCCGGGUGGUAACCCGAGGUAAGGCUCACCGAAACCCCCAACCGUUCCAUAAAUGCUCUCCAGACUCUGGAGGUAAACUGGGGGCCUCGAUCAGACACUAUAUCCUCGGGUACCCCGUAAUGCCGGAAGACGUGAGUAAAUAGAGCCUCAGCGGUCUGUAGGGCAGUAGGAAGACCAGGCAUGGGAAGGAGACGACAGGCCUUCGAGAACCGAGCCACAACGACCAGGAUGGUGGUAUUCCCCUGUGAGGAGGGAAGGUCGGUAACAAAAUCCACCGAGAGGUGGGACCAGGGUCGUUGUGGAACGGGCAGGGGUUGUAACUUACCCCUGGGCAAGUGUCUGGGCGCCUUACACUGGGCACACACUGAGCAGGAGGAGACAUAAAUCCUCACAUCCCUGGCUAAUGUUGGCCACCAGUACUUUGUACUAAGGCAGUGCACUGUCCGGCCAAUACCUGGAUGUCCAGAGGAGGGUGACGUGUGAGCCCAAUAAAUAAGCCGAUCCCGGACCUCGAGCGGGACGUACGUCCGACCCACCGGACACUGUGGAGGGCUAGGGUCGGUGCGUAACGCCCGCUCGAUCUCCGCAUCGACCUCCCAUACCACCGGUGCAACCAGACAAGACUUAGGCAGUAUGGGAGUGGGCUCCACGCACCUCUCCUCCGUGUCAUACCGCCGAGACAGGGCAUCUGCCUUCCCGUUCUGGGACCCAGGGAUGUAAGUGAUCUUAAACACGAACCUGGCUAGAAACAUAGUCCACCGAGCCUGGCGAGGAUUCAGUCUCCUAGCCGCCCGAAUGUAUUCCAGGUUACGGUGGUCAGUCAGAAUGAGAAAAGGGUGUUGAGCCCCCUCAAGCCAGUGCCUCCACACCUUUAGGGCCUGUACCACGGCUAACAGCUCCCUGUCCCCUACGUCAUAAUUCCGCUCCGCCGGACUGAGCUUUUUCGAAUAAAAGGCACAGGGGCGGAGUUUAGGUGGUGUGCCGGACCGUUGUGAAAGAACGGCCCCGAUACCGGCUUCAGACGCGUCCACCUCCACUUGGAAUGGUAAAGUGGGAUCCGGAUGCGCCAGCACUGGAGCCGAGGUAAACAGGUCCUUCAGUUUCCCAAAAGCCCUGUCCGCCUCAGCUGACCACCGCAAGCGCACCGGACCCCCUUCAGAAGGGACGUUAUGGGAGCUGCCACCUGUCCAAAACCCCGGAUAAACCUCCGGUAGUAAUUCGCAAAACCCAAGAACUGCUGCACCUCUUUAACCGUGGUUGGGGUUUGCCAAUUACGCACGGCUGACACACGGUCAACCUCCAUCCUCACCCCUGACGCAGACAACUGAUAACCCAAAAAGGAGACCGACUCCUGGAAGAACAGACAUUUCUCGGCUUUGACAUACAGGUCAUGCUCCAACAAUCUCCUCAAUACUCUGCGCACCAGGGCUACAUGCUCGACCCGGGUAGAACUGUACACCAGAAUAUCGUCUAUGUACACCACCACUCCCUGCGCCUGCAUGUCCCGGAAAAUCUCAUCUACAAAGGAUUGGAAGACUGAUGGAGCAUUCAUUAACCCGUAUGGCAUGACGAGAUACUCGUAAUGACCGGAGGUAGUACUAAAUGCUGUCUUCCAUUCAUCGCCCUCUCUAAUGCGUACCAAGUUAUAUGCGCUCCUGAGUUCCAAUUUUGUAAAGAACCGUGCCCCGUGUAAUGACUCCGUCAUAGUCGCAAUCAGCGGGAGUGGAUAACUAUAUUUCACAGUCACCUGAUUGAGACCGCGGUAAUCAAUACACGGGCGCAAACCUCCAUCCUUUUUCUUCACAAAAAAGAAGCUCGAUGACGCGGGUGAAUUAGAGGGCCGUAUGUAUCCCUGUCUCAGAGACUCGGCAAUGUAUGUCUCCAUUGCCCUCUUCUCCUCCUGUGACAACGGAUACACAUGGCUCCGCGGGAGCGCAGCUCCUGCCUGGAGGUCUAUCGCACAAUCCCCCUGUCUAUGCGGCGGCAACCGUGCCGCUCUUGUCUUGCUAAACACGAGUGCCAAAUCCUCAUACUCAGGUGGAAUGUGCAGUGCGGGCAUCUGGUUCGGACUCUCCACCGAGGUCGCCCCUACGGAAACACCCAGACAUAGCCCCUCACACUGAGCAGACCACCCUUUAAGAGCCUUCUCUCGCCACGAAAUAGUUGGAUCAUGGGUAAUCAACCAGGGAAGCCCCAGUACCACCGGAUACGCAGGAGAGUCGAUCGGAUAGAGCUGAAUCGUCUCCUCAUGACCCCCCUGCGUCUCCAUCCUAAGUGCCGCUGUGACCUCCCUAAUCAACCCAGAUCCUAACGGACGACUAUCUAGGGCAUGUACAGGGAAAGGAUUAUUAACAGGAAGGAGGGGAAUCCCUAACUCUACACAGAAUUUGCGAUCUACAAAAUUCCCAGCUGCGCCUGAAUCUACUAGCGCCUUAUGCUGGGAACGAGGUGCAACCUGUGGAAAACAAACAGGUAUAGUUAUGUGUACGACAGAAAGCUCUGGGUAAGUGGAGCGUCUACUCACCUGGGAGGACUCCCCAAUGUAAGGUCUGCCGUCUCCCCCACUAGGGGACCCUCCCCAGCACCUAGCCGCGGUGUGCCCUCCACGGCCACAGUUGGUGCAGGGGACGGCCCCCCUCGGGCUCCUUCUUCUCCUUCCUCUAGCGCCAGCACCUCCGAGCUCCAUCGGGCUCGGCUCGGAGGCGCUGGAGGGUGGAAUGGGCGACCCCCACUUGGGACGUCCGCGGGUAGCGAGCAGGGUGUCCAGCCGAAUGGCCAUGUCCACCAACUGGUCAAAUGAGAGUGUAGUAUCCCUGCACGCCAACUCUCUGCGGACGUCCUCCCGGAGGCUACAACGGAAGUGGUCUAUGAGGGCCCGCUCAUUCCACCCUGCAUCUGCCGCUAGAGUCCGGAACUCCAGCGCAAAUUCCUGAGCGCUCCUCAUCCCCUGCCGGAGGUAGAAUAGACGCUCCCCCGCUGCCUUCCCCUCUGGUGGAUGGUCGAACACAGCACGGAAGCGGCGGGAGAACUCCGCGUAGGUGAUAGUGGCGGCGUCUAUUCUCCUCCAUUCGGCGUUGGCCCACUCCAACGCCUUGCCGGUGAGACAGGAGAUGAGGGCGGAAACGCUCUCGUCUCCCGAGGGCGCCGGGUGUACGGUGGCCAGGUAGAGUUCCACUUGUAACAGGAACCCCUGACACCCGGCAGCGGUGCCGUCGUACGCCCUCGGGAGCGAGAGCCGAAUUCCACUGGGUUCCGGUAGUUGGACGGGCGGGCUGACCGAUGGUGAUGGUGCGGUAGGUGGGGAUGUGGGUACCCCGCUGGUCUCCCAUCGAUGGAGGGUGUUCAUCACUCGGUCUAGGGCGUGCCCGAUUUGGUUGAUGCGAUCCUCUUGACCACGAAGGCGCUCCUCCAUGAUCUCGGGAGGUGCGGGUGCUCCUGCUGAUUCCAUAAGAUGGUGUGUAAUUCUGUCAAGGUGGAGUGUAGUGGAACGUGGAAUCACACGCAGGACACAGAGAUUCAAAGCCAAAUGUCUUUAGUGAAGUCCGUAGUACACGCCAAACACGGCAACAGGCCACAGGCGAAAACAAACGCACACUAGACUGUCCAAAGUAAGUAUGCACAACGUGCAGGACUCUCUUACAAAACACGAAAAUAAGAGAGCACAAUACAGAGGACCAAACAACAACACGUGACAGUAGAACAAUUACACACAACACCUGACCAAACACAAGAGAACUAAAUAGGGUGCCUAAUGAACACUAAACAAUAAACAGGUGUGACAAACAGACAAAACCAAUCAAACAUGAAACAUCGAACGGUGGCAGCUAGUACUCCGGAGACGACGACCGCCGAAGCCUGCCCGAACAAGGAGAAGGAGCCGCCUCGGCCGAAACCGUGACAAUUACACUUAUCAUACACAAAGAGCUUGAACCUAACACUACUUUCAAUCUCUGAGGAUGUAUAAAAACAAUCUAUUCAUACUAAGAGGAUAUAGUGAUAUAAAACAGUAAAGAUAUAAAACAGUAAUUUGCAAUCUAUCACUCCUAUUCAUAAAGCAUCUCAGGGCAGGAGUUCUGAUCUAGGAUCAGUUCUGCCUUUUAGAUCAUAAUGAAUAAUAUGAUAUUUACAGGAGGGGACCUGAUCCUAGAUCAGCACUCCUACUCUGAGAUGCUUUAAGAAUACGGGCCCAGGUCCCCCAUGUCCACAUCAUUUUAUUUAUUUUGAUCUAAAAGGCAAAACUGAUCCAAUAUCAGCACUUUUACACUAAGACGCUUUGGGAAUAUGGGCCCUGGUCUGACAGUACAGGGGUUGGCUCACUGGGUCACUGUUGUAAUGCAUUAUGAUAACCUCUUAUUACUUAUUAUAACUGAUGAUGAAUCUGUUUUUCCUCCCGACCAACAUAGAUCACAGCCAAGCUUAGUGAAAACCACAGGUUCUGCAACGUCAAAGUGAGUUUGACUUCAACCUGCUUCUGUAACAUGUAAUUGUUGAUACUGUACAUAACAUAUUACUAGCCGUAUUAGAAGACAUUAUAAAGGCUUAUAACAAGUUAUGAAGCAUUAUACCUGCAGGCUUUAAGUAAAGUGUACCAUCAAGGUGAUAUUUGUCAUUCUCUUAUUAGCUAUCUAAACAUUCACAUUUGUUUUGAAUAUACUCUGAAUGCCUAUAAGUAUCUGUAUCUCUGUCUGUCAGUGCUUCGUGGAUGGGCCAUAUGGGACUCCUACCAGACAGAUCUUUGCCUCUGAACACGCUGUGUUAAUCGGUGCUGGUAUUGGGAUCACACCUUUCGCCUCCAUCUUACAGAGCAUCAUGUACCAGUAAGGCAUGGGUACAAGACUAAAGAGAACGCUAGAUCGCUCUGGAACAGAAACACAGAGAAUUUAGAAGCACUAACCGUCUUACAGUAUACACUAAAUGAAAUACCCAAGUGACCCAAGCUAUAGUGCAAGCUAUAAUCCUACAAUGAUGAUUAUGGCGCCAAUAUCUACUUUUGUUGAAGCUUAGCCCAAUACUAUGGUUAUUAAUAACUUUUAAAAAUCCCACAUACCCGCAUAUUCUGCUGUAAGUCAAUUUCCUAACAACUUUGGAUGGUGUGGCAAUAAAGGUUGAGUCUUGAAUUUUUACUUCUGAUUUCUAUUUCAGCUAUCGCAUGAGGAAACAGAACUGCCCCAACUGCAGCUAUUCAUGGUGUGAGAACAUCAAGGACAGUGAGAUGAAACUGAGGAAGGUAAGACCCACUGCAGAUGACAGAAGCUUGUACUUGUUAGCCUGGUCCCAGAUCUGUUAGUGCAUUCUUGCAUACUCCUGUGGUCAAGUAGGCAAGACAGCAUCAACAGAUCUGGGACCAGCCUAAGAAAUUAAUAGUUAUAGUAAACGUUUGUUAAACGCUCUGUUUGUGGUCCUCCUACAGGUUGACUUUAUCUGGAUCAACAGAGACCAGAAAUCAUUUGAGUGGUUCGUGAGCCUCCUGACCAAACUGGAGAUGGAUCAGGCUGAUGAAGAGCCAGAGGGUAAGUGAGAGAAGGGAGGAAUGAAAGAUACAGAGAUGGAGGGAGGAGAAAGAGAGGAAGAGUGAGAUGUUCUGUAAGAGAAACACCACUGGGUGUUAAAUCAAAUAAAAUGUUAUUUGUCACAUGCGCCGAAUACAACAGGUGUAGACCUUACAGAGAAAUGCUUACUUACAAGCCCAUAACCAACAAUGCAGUUUUAAGAAAAAUAAGUGUUAAGUAAAAAAUAGAUAAGUAAAAAAUUAAAAUUAAAAAUAAUUAAAGAGCAGCAGUAAAAUAACAGUAGCGAGGCUAUAUACAGGGGAUACCGGUACAGAGUCAAUGUGCGGGGGCACAGGUUAGUCGAGGUAAUUGAGGUAAUAUGCACAUGUAGGUAGAGUUAAAGUUACAAUGCAAAUAGUCUGGGUAGCCAUUUGAUUAGCUGUUCAGGAGUCUUAUGGCUUGGGGGUAGAAGCUGUUAAGAAGCCUUUUGGACCUAGACUUGGCGCUCCGGUACCGCUUGCCGUGCGGUAGCAGAGAGAACAGUCUAUGACUAGGGUGGCUGGAGUCUUUGACAAUUUCUAGGGCUUUCCUCUGACACCACCUGGUAUAGAGGUCCUGGAUGGAAGGAAGCUUGGCCCCAGUGAUGUACUGGGCCAUACGCACUACCCUCUGUAGUGCCUUGCGGUCGGAGACCGAGCAGUUGCCAUACCAGGCAGUGAUCCAACUUUUUUCAGUGAUCCAACUUUUUGAGGAUCUGAGGACCCAUGCCAAAUCUUUUCAGUCUCCUGAGUGGGAAUAGGCUUUACCGUGCCCUCUUCAUGACUGUCUUGGUGUGUUUGGACCAUUACAGUUUGUUGGUGAUGUGGACACCAAGGAACUUGAAGCUCUCAACCUGCUCCACUACAGCCCCGUCGAUGAGAAUGGGGGCGUGCCUGGUCCUCUUCUUUUUCCUGUAGUCCACAAUAAUCUCCUUUGUCUUGAUCACGUUGAAGGAGAGGUUGUUAUCCUGGCACCACACGGCCAGGUCUCUGACCUCCUCCCUAUAGGCUGUCUCAUCGUUGUCGGUGAUCAGGCCUACCACUGUUGUGUCGUCUGCAAACUUAAUGAUGGUGUUGGAGUCGUGCCUGGCCAUGCAGUCAUGGGUGAACAGGGAGUACAGGAGGGGACUGAGCACGCACCACUGAGGGGCCCCCGUGUUGAGGAUCAGCGUGGCAGAUGUGUUGUUACCUACCCUUACCACCUGGGGGCGGACCGCCAGGAAGUCCAGGAUCCAGUUGCAGAGGGAGGUGUUUAGUCCCAGGGUCCUUAGCUUAGUGAUGAGCUCUGAGGGCACUAUGGUGUUGAACACUGAGCAGUAGUCAAUGAAUAGCAUUCUCACGUAGGUGUUCCUUUUGUCCAGGUGGGAAAGGGCAGCGUGGAGUGCAAUAGAGAUUGCAUCAUCUGUGGAUCUGUUGGGGCGGUGUGCAAAUUGGAGUGGGUCUAGGGUUUCUGGGAUAAUGGUGUUAAUGUGAGCCAUGACCAGCCUUUCAAAGCACUUCGUGGCUACAGACGUGAGUGCUACGGGUCGGUAGUCAUUUAGGCAGGUUACCUUAGUGUUCUUGGGCACAGGGACUAUGGUGGUCUGCUUGAAACAUGUUGUUAUUACAGACUCAGUCAGGGACAGGUUGAAAAUGUCAGUGAAGACACUUGCCAGUUGGUCAGCGCAUGCUUGGAGUACACGUCCUGGUAAUCCGUCUGUCUGGCCCUGUGGCCUUGUGAAUGUUGACCUGCUUAAAAGUCUUACUCACAUCGGCUACAGAGAGCUUGAUCACAGUCAUCCGGAACAGCUGAUGCUCUCAUGCAUGCUUCAGUGUUGCUUGCCUCGACGCGAGCAUAGAAGUGAUUUAGCUCGUCUGGUAGGCUUGUGUCACUGGGCAGCUCGCGUCUGUGCUUCCCUUUGUAGUCUGUAAUAGUUUUCAAGCCCUGCCACAUCCGACGAGCGUCAGAGCCGGUGUACUACGAUUCAGUCUUAGUCCUGUAUUGACGCUUUGCCUGUUUGGUGGUUCGUCGGAGGGCAUAGCGGGAUUUCUUAUAAGCGUCCGGGUUAGAGUCCCGCUCCUUGAAAGCGGCAGCUCUACCCUUUAGCUCAGUGCGGAUGUUGCCUGUAAUCCAUAGCUUCUGGUUGGGGUUUGUACGUGCGGUCACUGUGGGGACGACGUCAUCAAUGCACUUAUUGAUGAAGCCAGUGACUGAUGUGGUGUACUCCUCAAUGCUAUUGGAAGAAUCACGGAACAUAUUCCAGUCUGUGCUAGCAAAACAGUCCUGUAGCUUAGCAUCUGUGUCAUCUGAUCACUUCCUUAUUAACCGAGUCACUGGUGCUUCCUGCUUUAGUUUUUGCUUAUAAGCAGGAAUCAGGAGGAUAGAGUUAUGGUCAGAUUUGCCAAAUGGAGGGCGGGGGAGAGCUUUGUACGUGUCUCUGUGUGUGGAGUAAAGGUGGUCUAGAGUUUUUUUCCCCUCUGGUUGCACAUUUAACAUGCUGGUAGAAAUUAGGUAGAACAGAUUUAAGUUUCCCUGCAUUAAAGUCCCCGGACACUAGGAGCGCUGCCUCUGGCUGAGCUUUUUCCUGUUUACGUAUGGCCUUAUACAGCUCAUUGAGUGCAAUCUUAGUGAAUGCAUAGGUUUGUGGUGGUAAAUAGACAGCUCCGAAAAAUAUAGAUGAAAAUUCUUGGUAAAUAGUGUGGUCUACAGCUUAUCAUGAGAUACUCUACCUCAGGCGAGCAAAACCUUGAGACUUCCUUAUUAUUAGAUUUUAUGCACCAGCUGUUGUUUACAAAUAUACACAGACCGCCACCCCUUAUCUUACCGGAGUCAGCCGUUCUAUCCUGCCGAUGUAGCGUAUAUUUUAAAUGCAGUUUAAAUAAAGUUUGAUUUUUGAACCCUCAGGCCGCUUCUUGGAGAUGCACAUGUACAUGACCUCUGCCCUCAGCAAGAAUGACAUGAAGGCCAUCGGCCUGCAGAUGGCGCUAGACCUUCUGGCCAAGAAGGAAAAGAGGGAUUCCAUCACUGGUCUUCGCACUCGCACACAGCCAGGGAGGCCAGAGUGGGGGAAGGUAUGGAUGUCAAACUAUAUCUCUGUAUAUAUCUGUACCUGUCCAUUAUAAAGCUCAUAGCUCAUUUUUCAGCUAAUCUUGAAGAGAGAUGCACCAUUUCUAAAAUCGGUAUGGGAUGUCUCUGCUUUAUUUCGUUGUUGGCUAUAAGGGCCCUGAGUUUUUCCUGGUCAGGUUAUGUGGUCAGGAAAAACCUGCGAUUAGUCGUGAUUCAGUGACAUGCAUGUUUGUGGGUCCUGUCCAACCACAGUACAUUGAAAAUGUCUUCUUCUUUCACACGUAUCAACCGCAGGUGUUCCAGAAAGUGGCAGAGGAGAAGAAAGGAAAGGUUCAUGUAUUCUACUGUGGAGCACCUGCACUGGCUAAACUCAUCAAGGCCCAGUGUGAGCACUUUGGAUUCAACUUCUACAAGGAGAACUUUUGA